GAAAUAAAUAAACAGAUUUUACGAAUGACUUUCAAUUUUCUAGAUUCUGAUUAAUUAUAAAACAUGACUGCUAAAAAUUACGUUCUCGAUAACGACAAGUACUGUCUUUAUUCAAAGUGCCAAAAAGGGUGUUUUCGAAAUUGAAAUUCAAAGAAUGUCGGAAUUAACUGAAGAUUCGAGAUCCCAAUAUGACGAAACGGAAUCUCAGGCAACAACGAAUGCAACGGAGAACACUGAAAAUCCAGUGGUCGAAGAGGAGCCCGCAAGCGAGCCACAAGAGUCUGAAGAACCAUCUCAAGCUCCGGAAGAAGACGAACAACAAGAAAUCAAAGAAGAGGAGACUGAAAGGUCAGCUGAAGGAGAUGGAAAUGCUGAAAAAGUGACUGUUGGAACUGAAGAUAAGCCUCUUGAAACUGACGGUGAAGGCACCAUAACAACAGUAGAUACUUUAGUGGAUGGUACGGAAUCCGAAGAUGUGGAUUUCACAAAUAAAAUCACACAAGAAAUUGACGAAGCUGAUGAAGUUCAAGGCGGAGAACCUGAUGCAACGAAAGCUGCUGAAGACGAGAAGCAGGAAGGCGACCAAGAAGUACCAGAUGAAGAAGAGAAGAAAAAAGAGAAAAUGACUGAAGGCGAAAGAAUGCUGGCAGAAAUCGAUACUUCAAAAGUGAUCGAAGAAACCGAUACAGAAAUAGAUUAUCAACGUCAGUUGGAAGAUGUAGAGGAUCUGUCCCAUAUAAACCUACAAGCAGAGGACUUACCUGAAAUUAGGGGUUUGGCGGCUUUGGAGUACGAAUCUCCUGAUGAUUCACAGAAGGAAGUUACCUUCGAUGAUAUCUAUCUAACGAAACGAAAAAGUGUGAGACCAUCUGUGGCUGUUAAGCUGCUGGCCGAAGAAGAAGCAGCCGAAAAGAGAAGAAAGUUGAGGAAAGAGAUGGCGAAAGGAAAGAAAAUCGUAGAAGAAGAAGAAAUCAUAGUCGAAGAAGUUCUGCACACUAGAGAAGAAUUAUACGCCAUUCAUGAACAACUGACAGCGGACAUUUCCUACAUAAGAAUGAAAAAUAAAUUCCUUCAACGCAAAAUGGCGGAUUUCUUCAAGAAGCGCAAGAUGGAGCACGUCCUUAAAGAGGAGGCCGAGAUACACGCGGAUCACAUUCAGAAGUACGAGAAGAAACUGGAUCGACUGGCGGAUCUGCUCCAAGUGUAUAACGCCGAGACUGCCAAGAUCGGUAAGGAGAUCGAGCUUCUGGAGAACGAGAGAGACGAGAAGUAUGCGGAGAGAAACAGCCUUUGUCAGAAGGGGGUCAGCAGGGAGAGGGAGAUCGGAAUCGGUCUCAUCAGUACGAAGACUGGAAAGGAGAUCCCUGAUAAGGUUGUUGAGCAGCUUAUCAGGAGACAAAUAAAUGCUGCGAGGCAGAUCUCUGAUCUAAGACUUAGAUACAUCGCAAAGAGAGAUGAACUAGCAGAGAAGACUGCGGAAUUGAAGGCUCUGGAUAACAUAGGAGACGAUCUGUCGCUCAUGGAUUACGAACAGCUCAAGAUCGAAAAUAGGGCACAUUCCGAUAAGUUGGAGGAGAAAGAAGAAGAGCUCACCAAGUUGCGAAUCAAAUGCAGAAACGCCGUACAAAUAAUGGCACAUGUCAGGGAGAAAUCUGCAGCCUUAGAUGCCGAUAUGGAUGUCCUCAAAGAGGAAUUCGAGGAAGUACACUACCAAUACAUAGAGAUUCGCGAACGUUUGAACUUCUACAAAACGGAAAGGGACGUCAUAAGAAACAAAACGAUGAAAUUGAAAGAGGAAUCCGGCUUGCUCACGAAGCCAAAAUUACUGCAGGACAUGGAGACGUCCAUGCAGGAGGCGACGCUUUACGAAAAAACUCUGGAGAAGGUGAAACAAGAGUAUAACGAAAAAACGCAACAAAUUCGAAAUUUAAGGAAGAACAUCGCCUACGAAAUGGUGAUGAGCAAAAAGCAACACAGGGAGAGGAAGAAAAAGAUGCCGCCCGCCAAAUUCUUCAAAGUGAGGCCCACCCUCAUCGUUCCAAAAUUGCCAGAGAGUUUCUUGGAUAAGUUGGCCUCAACCUCCAAGAAAAAAGAGGGAAAUGACGAGUGAACACAUAUUUUACAUUGCGUGAAUAUUUCCUUGUUUAUACUGUCGUUUUCUUGAUGUCGAAUAAACGAUUUAGCCUCCAACGAAUAACUGACUAUAAAUCCGAUUAAAUCUGUAUUCGAUUAUUGGUAAAAUGGAGCAAAAUCAUUCGUUCCUAAGUCUUGGAAGAAAUCGACUCGUAAAACAAACCGAUUCGAUAAAGAAACAAAAGAUUAAGCACCCAAGAUUCCGCACACUUGAUUUUACAUUUUUUCUCGAUAUGAGACAUCUGAAAAAAUAUUUAUCCAGACUAUUUAUCAGUUGAAACGGGGCAUUAUAGAACGCAUUUUUUCGCCUACACAAAGGAAUGCAGAUAAAAUAUUAUCUAAUGGGGUUAUUAAACUCAUUUCAAACAGGCAUUCCUCGUAAAAUGUUGGUCCGAAGUUUUGCGCGAACUUUUUUGUGCUUGGUUUUUCUUCUCGUAAGUUGCGAGUGCAGAAUUCCCUUCUUUUUCAGGAUAAAUUAUUGCAGCACCAAACAAUGUGAGAUAGUGGGUAGCUCCAUCAACCGUCAUUUAAACCAGUCAGUAGAUCCUUGCGUAAAUUUCUACCGAUUUUCAUGCGAUGGUUGGAUCUCAAAUACUAAAAAACCAGAUUCAGAACCAGUUUGGUCGAAUUGGCAAAUACUCUCUCACAA